UCACACCCCCUGCCUCCUCAUGCCAUCCGCUCCCCCCGCCCCCACCCCUCCGCGUGCCCGCUCCCUUGCCGCCUCUUUUGACCCUCCCUGCCCCCCUCGCCGUUUCCCACCGCCCCGCCAUUCGCUCCUCCCCCCCGUGCGCUCCCCUCGUUUACCUUCUCCUCCCCCCUCCCCUCCUCUGCUGCACGCCUCUUCCUUCCCCUCGCCGACCCACUCCACUCCCUGCCCCUCCUCAAUCCGCACCCUGCCCCUCGUAUCUCGCCCCCCUAUGCUUGGUUUCUCCCCUCCCUGCCCCUCGCCGCCUUUCUCCGCUCCCCACCUCCCCCCUCUCCCUGCUCCCCCACUCUCCCCCCCUUGCCCUUGGCUUCCUACCUCCCUGCCCCACCUUUCCCCCCUCCGUGUGCUCAGCUUCUCCCCUCCCUGCCCCUCCCUCCUCCCCGCCCUGCCCCUCAUUUUCCGCCCCCCCACGCCCGUUUUCUCCCCUCCCCGCGCCUCCCUUUCUUUCUCCGUGCCUCUCCUUUGCUCCCUCCCUGCCCCCGCCUGCCCAUGCCCCUGUCUUUGGCUUCUCCCCUCCCUGCCCCACGUUUCUUCCCUCCCUGCCCCCCCUCUGCCCCUCCCUUGUUUUCCCCUCACCCAUUGCUUCUCCCCUCCCUGCCCUUGAUUUCCCGCACCCCUGCCCUUGUUUCCUACCAUCCAUGCCCCUCGUUUCCCCCCUUUGUACGUUCAGCCUCUUCCCUCCCUGCCCCUCCCCUCCUCCCCCCCUGCCCUUUGCGUUCCCCUCGUUACGCUCCCUUCUCCCCAUCCCUGCUGCCCUCUUGCCACCAUCAGCCCAUCCGCACCACCAGCCCCCCUCCCACCCUUCUCUCCCCCCCUCCCUUUCCCUCUCUCUCUCUCUCCUCUCUCUCUCUCUCUCUCUCUCUCUCUCUCUCUCUCUCUCUUUCUCACACACACCGCACACUCCCCUCCCCCACCCCCCCACCCACGUCCUCCCAUUCCGCCCCUCCCUGCCCCUUUCCCACCCCCUCGCACGCCCCUCACCUCCCACCUCCGUGCAACUGGUUUCCCCCCUAUGGUGCCUCCCUUGCAUCAACCCACCCUCCACCGCCCCUCGGCUCACCCGUCUGCCCGCAGCCCUUUCCGUGCCCUGCAUUGGCCCAGCCCCUGCCCGUUGCUGCCCUCCCGUUGCCCGCUCACUCCCUGCUCCCCGUUACAACACCCAGUCCCAUCAACCGCCCCCACCCUCCCCCGGCUUGCCCGUAGUUCUCCCUCUCCCCCCCCCGCGACCGUGUGCGGCUUCCAACCGCCCAACGGUGGUGCGCACGGGGCGUUUCUUCGCACGGGCAAGCCUCCCCGGGGGGGCCCCCACCCCGCUGAGUCGUUUCACACCCCCUGCCUCCUCAUGCCAUCCGCUCCCCCCCCGCCCCCACCCUCCGCGUGCCCGCUCCCUUGCCGCCUCUUUUGACCCUCCCUGCCCCCUCGCCGUUUCCCACCCGCCCCGCCAUUCGCUCCUCCCCGCCCGUGCGCUCCCCUCGUUUACCUUCUCCUCCCCCCUCCCCUCCUCUGCUGCACGCCUCUUCCUUCCCCUCGCCGACCCACUCCACUCCCUGCCCCUCCUCAAUCCGCACCCCUGCCCCUCGUAUCUCGCCCCCCUAUGCUUGGUUUCUCCCCUCCCUGCCCCUCGCCGCCUUUCUCCGCUCCCCACCUCCCCCCUCUCCCUGCUCCCCCACUCUCCCCCCCUUGCCCUUGGCUUCCUACCUCCCUGCCCCACCUUUCCCCCCUCCGUGUGCUCAGCUUCUCCCCUCCCUGCCCCUCCCUCCUCCCCGCCCUGCCCCUCAUUUUCCGCCCCCCCACGCCCGGUUUCUCCCCUCCCCGCGCCUCCCUUUCUUUCUCCGUGCCUCUCCUUUGCUCCCUCCCUGCCCCCGCCUGCCCAUGCCCCUGUCUUUGGCUUCUCCCCUCCCUGCCCCACGUUUCUUCCCUCCCUGCCCCCCCUCUGCCCCUCCCUUGUUUUCCCCUCACCCAUUGCUUCUCCCCUCCCUGCCCUUGAUUUCCCGCACCCCUGCCCUUGUUUCCUACCAUCCAUGCCCCUCGUUUCCCCCCUUUGUACGUUCAGCCUCUUCCCUCCCUGCCCCUCCCCUCCUCCCCCCCUGCCCUUUGCGUUCCCCUCGUUACGCUCCCUUCUCCCCAUCCCUGCUGCCCUCUUGCCACCAUCAGCCCAUCCGCACCACCAGCCCCCCUCCCACCCUUCUCUCCCCCCCCUCCCUUUCCCUCUCUCUCUCUCUCUCUCUCUCUCUCUCUCUCUCUCUUUCUCACACACACACACGCACACUCCCCUCCCCCACCCCCCACCCACGUCCUCCCAUUCCGCCCCUCCCUGCCCCUUUCCCACCCCCUCGCACGCCCCUCACCUCCCACCUCCGUGCAACUGGUUUCCCCCCUAUGGUGCCUCCCUUGCAUCGCUCGCCCCGCUGCUCACCCUCUGCCCGCCCCUUUUCCGUGCCCUCAGCUGGCCCAGCCCCUGCCCGUUGCUGCCCCUCCCCUUGCCCCCUCAACUCCCCUGCCCCCCGUACACCCCAGUCCCAUCCAACCGCCCCCACCCUCCCCCGGCUGCCCGUUUCCGCUCUCCACCCCCGCGACCGUGUGCGGCUUCCAACCGCCCAACGGUGGUGCGCACGGGGCGUUUCUUCGCACGGGCAAGCCUCCCCGGGGGCCCCCACCCCGCUGAGUCGUUUCACACCCCCUGCCUCCUCAUGCCAUCCGCUCCCCCCCGCCCCCACCCUCCGCGUGCCCGCUCCCUUGCCGCCUCUUUUGACCCUCCCUGCCCCCCUCGCCGUUUCCCACCGCCCGCCAUUCGCUCCUCCCCGCCCGUGCGCUCCCCUCGUUUACCUUCUCCUCCCCCCUCCCUCCUCUGCUGCACGCCUCUUCCUUCCCCUCGCCGACCCACUCCACUCCCUGCCCCUCCUCAAUCCGCACCCUGCCCCUCGUAUCUCGCCCCCCUAUGCUUGGUUUCUCCCCUCCCUGCCCCUCGCCGCCUUUCUCCGCUCCCCACCUCCCCCCUCUCCCUGCUCCCCCACUCUCCCCCCCUUGCCCUUGGCUUCCUACCUCCCUGCCCCACCUUUCCCCCCUCCGUGUGCUCAGCUUCUCCCCUCCCUGCCCCUCCCUCCUCCCCGCCCUGCCCCUCAUUUUCCGCCCCCCCCCACGCCCGGUUUCUCCCCUCCCCGCGCCUCCCUUUCUUUCUCCGUGCCUCUCCUUUGCUCCCUCCCUGCCCCCGCCUGCCCAUGCCCCUGUCUUUGGCUUCUCCCCUCCCUGCCCCACGUUUCUUCCCUCCCUGCCCCCCCUCUGCCCCUCCCUUGUUUUCCCCUCACCCAUUGCUUCUCCCCUCCCUGCCCUUGAUUUCCCGCACCCCUGCCCUUGUUUCCUACCAUCCAUGCCCCUCGUUUCCCCCCUUUGUACGUUCAGCCUCUUCCCUCCCUGCCCCUCCCCUCCUCCCCCCCUGCCCUUUGCGUUCCCCUCGUUACGCUCCCUUCUCCCCAUCCCUGCUGCCCUCUUGCCACCAUCAGCCCAUCCGCACCACCAGCCCCCCUCCCACCCUUCUCUCCCCCCUCCUUCCCUCUCUUCUCUCUCUCUCUCUCUCUCUCUCUCUCUCUCUUUCUCACACACACACGCACACUCCCCUCCCCCACCCCCCACCCACGUCCUCCCAUUCCGCCCCUCCCUGCCCCUUUCCCACCCCCUCGCACGCCCCUCACCUCCCACCUCCGUGCAACUGGUUUCCCCCCUAUGGUGCCUCCCUUGCAUCGCUCGCCCCGCUGCUCACCCUCUGCCCGCCCCUUUUCCGUGCCCUCAGCUGGCCCAGCCCCUGCCCGUUGCUGCCCCUCCCCUUGCCCCCUCAACUCCCCUGCCCCCCGUACACCCCAGUCCCAUCCAACCGCCCCCACCCUCCCCCGGCUGCCCGUUUCCGCUCUCCACCCCCGCGACCGUGUGCGGCUUCCAACCGCCCAACGGUGGUGCGCACGGGGCGUUUCUUCGCACGGGCAAGCCUCCCCGGGGGGCCCCCACCCCGCUGA